UCACUAACUUCUACGGUUCCCCAUUUAUAUAAACUCUGUUGUUGAGUUUCCAUCUUUCAGUCUUCAAUAAUCUUCCCUUCAAUAACCCCUUAGGCUAGCUUGAGUGGUGUUAGCUUGGGAUUCAAAAAGGAGGUUUUGGGUACAAAAACUCAGCCGGCCCAUAUCAAAAUUAAACAUUUUUAGGAUCGGUUAUGGCAGCAGUGCGCCAGGCUGAAUCGCUAUGGCCGGUGCAGUUGGGUUCGGCGUUAAGGACGGCUCUAGCGUGCUCAAUUGUGGGCUGCUUGACCCUUUACGGCCCGGAGCAUCUCCGGCGAAUACCAGCAUUUCCAGCCUUUUCUUAUGUGACAACAAUAUUGAUUGUGUCAGAUGCCACUCUUGGUGACACUCUUAAGGGGUGCUGGAACGCUGUGUUCGCCACCGUGCAAGUUAUGAUUCUUUCGAUUUUAUUCUUGCGGCUGAUUGGACCUGGCGGGUUCAGCAGUGGACAGGCGGCCGUUGUGGUGGCGGUCACCGCCUUUGUGGUUGCGCUGCCGGAGUCGACUCAUUUGAUGGCGAAAAGGAUUGCGUUCGGGCAGAUUGUGAUUGUGUGUGUAAGUGCAGUUAUUCACGAGGGAGAAAGUGGAGUUGUGAUGAACCCAGUUCAUGUGGCGUCGAGUACGGCUCUUGGUGCCUUCGCUUCUGUUUUGGCAAUGGUGGUUCCUUAUCCGCUGCUAGCUUACUAUGAGGUAAAGAAAAUGUGCAGAUCAUAUGCUGAAAAUGCUUCAGAGAGGUUGAAUCUCUUGGUCAAGGCGUUGUGUGCAAAAGAUAACACAACGGCACUCGAGUUCAUUUUAGAAGCCAAAUCUCUGUUGAUACCAGGGGCCAAAUUGCUUUCCAGUAUCAAACAAAAACAGGAUGCCAUGUUGUGGGAGAGACCUCAAAUCAGAUUCUCCAAACCCAACCACUUAAACCCAGGAAAGAAAUUGCAAGAACUGGAGAUACCAAUUAGAGGAAUGGAACUGGCCCUGAAUUCUUGCCGUUGCUUCCCUGUUGGCAUGAUUGAUGAAGAGCUAAGAGAUGCUUCAGAGACUUUGAAAGCUCAGAUUGGCCUUAAACUAGAACAAGUUAAAUGUUAUGAGCCCUUCGAUGCAACAACAGCUCCGGAGAUUAAGAAUGAAUCUGCAGACAAGUCCCUGUGGACACUUGGAAAAAUUUCCUCAACUGAAGAUCUUCUGGGGUCCUUCUUCUUUUACUGUAUGGAACUCCUGCAAAAUGGCUUUCCCAGUUCUGCUGGAAAUUCUGAAUCAAGUGGUUUGCAAAAUCAAGGAAAAAGUAUGAAUUUACUGGAAAGGAGUCUGUUAAUUUUACCAAGUUGUGAGAGCUUCAUUUUUGCUGUCAAGUGCUCUGUUUCUCUUGGUCUUGCUGUGCUCUUCGGGUUGAUUUACAACAGGGGGAAUGGUUAUUGGUCAGGAUUGACGAUUGCAAUCAGUUUUGCGAGAAACCGUCAAGCAACAUUUACAAUUGCCAAUGCUCGUGCACAAGGAACUGUGAUGGGAUCAGUGUAUGGAAUCUUGUGCUGCUUUAUGUUCCAAAAAGUUGAGAAUUUAAGGUUCUUGCUCUUGCUGCCAUGGAUCAUUUUCACUAGUUUCCUGAGGCACAGCAGAAUGUACGGUGAAGCUGGCAGUAUUUCAGCUGUUAUAGGAGCUUUACUGAUCUUGGGUAGAAAAAAUUAUGGCAAUCCGACUGAGUUUGCGAUUACUCGAAUCACAGAAGCUGUCAUCGGAUUGAUUUGUUUCAUCAUGGUUGAGCUUUUGUGUCAGCCCACCAGGGCUGCAACUCUCGUGAGAACUCAACUUGCAGAGAGCUUGGCAGCUCUCGGAGAAGGCAUUGAGGAGAUCACUCUUUGUCCUGACCCAAAAAGCAUUUCAGCUAAUUCAAGAGCAUUGACAGACAAACAAAGUAAACUGAAAUCACAUGUUAAGAAACUAGAGAACUUCAUUGCAGAAGCAGAGUCAGAGCCUAACUUCUGGUUCUUGCCUUUUAAUGCUACUUGCUACCAUAAGCUCCUGGGAUCUUUAUCAACCAUGGCAGAUUUCUUACUCUUUGUAGCUUACAAAAUUGAUUCUCUCUUGCAAGCAUCAGAGAAGUAUGGAGUUGGUUGUGAAGAAUUCCAUGAACAAAUAAAUAAAGAUCUGGAAAUUUUCAAAGAAAAAGUUGGGUAUUCAAUGAAAUGCUUUGAGGAGGUGAUCUUGAUCAAAUCCCUUACGGUUCUUGCAAAGGAGCUGCAAAAGAGAAACAUACCUUAUGACAUCGAACUGGGAAGAUUCCCUGAUGAAGAUAUGCAUAGGAGUAUGAGUCCUAAUGAAGAAGAUGUCCUGGAGAUUUUAAGCUCUUUUAUUCAACAUUUGAAUGAAGUAGCUAACAGAAUCAACACUGUUGAAGGAAAUGAAAAGCUUAAGAGCCAGAUAGUUGUUUCUUUGAGUGGCCUUGGGUUCUGCCUCAGUAGUCUGAUGAGGGAAACUACAGUACUGGAGAAAGAACUCAAAGAACUACUCAAAUGGGAGAAUCCGACUAGGAACAUUAAUUUGUAUGAAAUUUCCUGUAAGCUUAAUGCUCUGUACAAAAAGUAAUCCCAAAACAUUGCACCCAAAGAGACAGAAGAGAGAUUGUUGAAACCCAAUAUUUACCAUAUAAAACAGAUGAGGUAUAAUUUACAAUAAAA